AGGAUAAGAGUAAAGAGGGAGAAUAUCUAACAAAAUCUAAGAGAGAGCGAGUGUCGGAAGAGAUACACAGGGCUGGCAAGUAGAUCUCAAGCGAGAAUUCAGUGAAGCCAAUUGCAAGAGAACAUUUGAACCAUGGCAGAUUGGUUUAAGAAGACCAUACUUUCUAGCAAUGCCCUUCAAGAGUAUGUCUUAGAGACAAGUGCUUAUCCUAAAGAGCACCAGCAAUUGAUGGAAAUAAGAGAGGCCACCAUCGACAAGUAUAAGGAGUGGAGCAUGAUGAAUGUGGCUGCUGAUGAAGGGCAGUUCCUCUCUGUGCUUCUAAAGAUCAUAAAUGGCAAGAAAACCAUGGGAAUUGGAGUUUUCACAGGCUAUUCCCUUCUUACUACUGCCCUUGCGUUGCCUGAGGAUGGCAAGAUAGUAGCUAUUGAUCCGGAUAAAGAAGCUUAUGAGGUUGGACUACCGUUCAUUAAGAAAGCUGGAAUUGAGCACAAGAUUAACUACAUCCCAUCAGAUGCCUUUCCACUUCUAAACGAUCUUAUUUACUGCGUCAGCGCUGUCUUGACAUACGCAAUUAAUGACCAAAGUUCCAGAAAGCAUACUAGUAGUUGUAGCUUUCAUUGCUUGCACGGUGAAGAAGAUACCUUUGAUUUCAUAUAUGUGGACGCUUCCGAGAACGAUUGCCUGAAAUUUCAUGAGCUAGCACUGAAAUUGGUCAAGAUCGGAGGAAUUAUAGCUGAUGACAACACCCUAUUUUUGGGUUCGGUUGCAAAAUCAGACAAGGAAAUCAUGGAGGAGCCUAUUAGGAAACUCAGAAACUUCGUGAUCGAAUUCAAUAGGUUCAUAACAGCUGAUCCUCGUGUUGAAUCAUCUCUUCUUUCCAUUGGUGAUGGUCUUACUCUCUGCAGGCGUCUCUACUAGCAAAACUCGGUCAAUGUGGGCUAUUCCACUCUGGUGCAACAUACAGUUUGAAACAAUAAUAAUGUUGCACAUAGAACGUUGAGUUUGACAUGGUAGCAUGCCCUGCCAAAUCUAUGGAUUGUUGGGUUUUCUGUUGCAUUGUGGAUAUAUUUGAUUGGAGCAACUUUGGUUUAAAAAGUUAUUGGUGAUUAACAUUUUACUUGAUAAAAGAGUUUGGGGUUUCCUGAGUGCUUAUAGAUAUGUGUUAAUGUUUUUGAGUUGUAUCUAGAGAAGUUAUGUAAAAUUAUGAGAAAAAUUGAUAAUUAUGAUUUUGAAAAUUUGUUUG